AUGUUUGGAGAAGAAAUUGAUGAGCAUAUUAUUCUUGAAGCCAAAAAGUCAUUUGAAGGCUUCAGUGAGGAUGGAAAAACACUAGCUCCUGAGAAUCUUGAAAAAGCAUUACGCGCUAUUGGAUUAAAUCCAAAUCCCGAAGAAAUAGAAGAUAUGCUUGAAGAAAACAGCACAAUUGAUAUCAAGGCAUUUAUGUAUAUUGUAUACCAUCACAGUCGUUAUACAGAUGUUAAGCAUGAACUUAUUGAAUCAUUUUCAAUUUUCGAUAAAGAUGGCAACGGAACAUUACCUGUUGAUAAAAUACGUGAAAUAUUACAUAAAAUUAAGAAUCCAUUUACCGACGAACAAAUUGAUCAGCUUCUCGAGAAAGUUGAAAUCAAUAAUAACGAAGUCGAUUAUUCUAAAUUUGUUGAUGCUAUGCUUGAAUAA